AGGACAACUAUACGUAUCAGGCGGCAUUUGUUUUCUCUCUCUAAAGUUUGUUGCAGUUGUUUAUUGUUAGAUCCUUUGCUUUGAUAUCCAUCGUCCCGAGGAACGGCAGGGCAUCGACCUGAUACAACUUGUUCAACAGAUCUCGAAACCCCGCACGGAUGACGUUUGACGUGAUAGAUGACUGAAGGCAUCGUACGGCAGUGGCUCACAUCAGCAUCGCCAUAUCCCUGCAAGCCGUGUCCUUGGUCUAGGUGAGACGGGAAAGAGAGGUUUAGCUCCUUCAUUUCCAGAAAAAGUGUCGGUCGUAUAUCAAACCCUGCGAGCUAGCCAAAUUUCCCGCUAUAGGGCUGCUGUUGGGGCCAGCAUCGUUGUGAUAGUAAUCAUGGUCAAGAGACUCUAACGCGCGAUGUCAACUCUAUCAUUCGCAUUGACGAAUGUUAUCAAAGUACCCUAGCCAAUAGUUUUCAGACAUCUUAACCUGGAGGCGACGAUAUUAUGCUGCAGCUUCUGCCCGACGAAGCAUGACGUGUAGAGGCUUGCGGUAUAUCUGAUAGCUUCCAAUGAUACAGAGCAUCUCAAGUCGCUUCCCAGAUCCCUUCAGCAAUAUUCUUGACAGAUUGAAUGAUAACAUUGCACUGGGCUCUCCACUAUAGUCUUCUGUCAUCAUACAAAUGCCCAAAAGAGACAACUGCCUUACCCGCCAAGAACUGCCCCAUCUCUCCACUAUCCUUCGGUCUCCCAAAGAAUUCCAGCCCGAGGCAUCACAUUACUUCGUGUUUGUAGUGGUAACGGCAUAGCUGUGCGAAAAUUGGAGUGCGAUACCAGAUGAGGUGCGCAUGUACACAAAGAAGUCUGUCGCACUUCCAGACUUUGUAUAUAUUCUCUCUCGCAUCACAACUGGUGGUUUCAUCAUUUUAUCGCUGGUUUUCACUACUGCGAAAGUGGAGGAUUGUCACACACUCUCCACGAUAUCUUCCUGGUUCUUAGUCCUCGCGCUGCCAUGCAACAGCAUGCUGUUCUUUAUACGCAUUAGGGCGGUCUUCCUCAUGUCGCCGUUGGUUACUGCAGGAUUCGGUAUUCUGUGGCUGACUACCGUUGGUGCUGCCCUUACCGUCCCGUUUGGCGUUCAAGCAAUGAACCUUCAGCCAGGAAGAUCUUGGUGCUCCGUUGUGGAAGUGAGAUCAUACAGUUCGACUGGAUGGUUCUAUAUGGUAUUCUAUGAUACCUUAGUGUUCAUUGCUAUAUCUUUCCGAACUGUGUCCUUUGGUUUGGCCGAGACUUGGAAAGAAAGGUUAAGCUCCUUCAUUUCUGGAAAAGGAGUAGGCCAUGUGUCGAGAUCGCUGUUGCGAACUGUCCAACUGUACUAUUUGGUCACCGUUGGGUCCAACCUCUUUGUUCUAAUGGUCAUCGUCGAUCCGGGUGUGGACAAAUACUGGCGUGCAAUGUCAUCCAUGUCCAACCUUGCCUUGACAAAUGCCAUGGCAUGCCGCGUAUACCGACUUCUGAAACUCGGUCUCAUCCAAAGCGGCCCAGGAGAGAGCGAGUGCACAUUGCGAUCUCAAGGUAUCGGGAAUUCACUACAGUUUGCGACCACUGGAACAUCAUGAAAUGGUCGUGGAGAUGGCCUGUCACAGUCAUACGACUUUGACUAAUAUACCAUAUUUCAAGUU